AUGGCACGAACAAAGCAAACUGCUCGUAAAUCAACAGGUGGAAAAGCACCUCGUAAACAGUUGGCGACAAAAGCUGCGAGAAAAUCUGCUCCAGCUACUGGUGGAAUUAAAAAACCACAUCGAUUUCGUCCUGGUACAGUUGCCCUUCGAGAAAUUCGUCGUUAUCAAAAAUCAACCGAAUUAUUAAUUAGAAAGUUACCGUUUCAGCGUUUAGUUCGUGAAAUUGCACAAGAUUUUAAGACCGAUUUACGUUUUCAAUCAUCCGCUAUAAUGGCACUUCAAGAAGCAUGUGAAUCAUAUUUGGUUGGUCUUUUUGAAGACACAAAUUUAUGCGCUAUUCAUGCAAAACGUGUUACUAUCAUGCCAAAAGAUAUCCAGUUGGCUCGAAGAAUUCGAGGUGAACGAGCGUGA